AAGGGGCCGGGCCAGUCUCUGAGAGGUCACAGCUGGGUGGGACCCCAGUGGAGGGACAGAGCAAGAGGAGCCAGCCCCCGGCUGCCCCCAGCAGGACAGCAGGACCAAGGCCCUGAGGUGGGACCACACAUGGUGCAUUCCAGGAGCCAGGUCAGCCUGAUGCUUCCACUGCCCUGUGGGGGGCCCUGGGUUGGGGUUCAGAGCAGAAUGAGAUGGGGGUGAAUGGGGCACCCUAGGCCCAUGGCCACAGCUGCUGUCAGCACAGAGAUGUCUGCCCUGGCCUCGUCCCUCCCCAGGCCUGCAGUGCCAUGGGGCUGCAGAAGGGCAGGAUACAGACCCCAUAGGGGGGACCCCACAGACCUCGGCAGGCCAGCGUAGGGAUGGCAGGAGAGCCGGCUGUGGGGCUGUUCCCUCGUGUCCAAAACAGCAGGGCCUGACCCCUCCCCACUGCCAGGUGACUGCCCCUUGGGACACCUACCAACAUCACCGGUGACCCCACCAUGCGGACUCAGGACUUUCUGGGUUCUAACUGGAAAGUGGGGGGUCAGUUUCAUGCCCCAGCCACGUGACCUAUGGCUUUGGCUACUCAGGCCUGGGUCCCAUGUGCUGGACCGAGAAGGCGGGGACCACCUGCUCUGGCCUGGCCCUCUGCCGGAGCUCGAGCUGGGCCCCUCCCACCUGUCUGCAACAGCUGGGCCGCAGGGUGACACGGGGAGCCGUGGGUAAUGCUCCCCCCGCCCCAAGGUGCCCCUCACCCACCAGGGGCCUCCCUUCCGGGCCUCACUCUCCUUGCCCCCCCCAUCAGCACCUCCACCUGUGUGGGGCUCGGUCACACUCAACCUGCUACGCCUCCCCCCCAGCCCAUGGGGUUCCCUGGAAGCCCCCAGCUGCAGCGGCGAUCUCUCCCACCCCUGGGCUCCCACUGUUCCGUGGUCCAGGCCCUCACGCCUCACGUGCCUCACGCACGUGGCCUGGACAAGAGCAGCACCACCCUGUGCUGCAUGCUGCCCUGUGUCCAGCCAACGUGAUUCGUGUUUUCUCUAGGAAUUCAGGGGUGCCCGGCCUUGUCCUCCCAGAGGGAUGGAGGCAGAGCAAGAGAGGCCAGCUGAGGCACACAGGGGUCCAGGGAGAACCAGACCCGAGACGGGGCUUGGCUGGGAUCCACGUGCACGUGGUCACCCCUGCCCAGCGAGGACCCCCACGCAGAGUCCUGCCGGCGCGGCAAGGCGAUGUGCGGACGCUGAGGUCCUGGGUGCCAGGAUGCUGGGGGACAGGCGGCAGCCCCCAGGGUGACAGCUGCGUGGACGGAGUGGAGGCGUGGGUGCUCGGGAAAGCAGGCGCUCACUUGGAGUUGGCUGAGCCCCGGGGGGCUGGCCACGCCGAUGGCCGCAGCCCAAAGCGGCCUGGCCGUGUCCGGCCCCGGGGUCCCUCCACAACACCCACUCUCCCCCUUAAGACUCCCACGGCACUCGCAAGCCCUCGAUGGGGCCGCCCCACGAGGCGGGUGAAGGUGCCCCAGGUGACUUUGCGGCGCGGGGCCGCCAGGCGUGCCGUCCGGCUCCAGCGGGACAGCGGCCGCCGCGCGGGGCACACGCCAUCCUAACGCAUUCGUGCU